AUGGAUUACAAAACAACUUGUUUGCAGUUUUAUUGUCUAUCAUUUAUUUGUGUGACCGUAUUUUCAUCGCCACUUCUUCUGUGGAAUAAUAUAAAUAUUCCAAAUUCUCCUGUUUCAUUAUCGAAGGUUGAUGCAUCUGAUAUUAUCAAAAAAGAUAUAUGUCAAAAGAUUAAAGUGACGAAUAUUCAAUUGAAUAUUAUUUCCCUUCCAAAUCUAGUAAAUGAGCAAAUUUAUCACGGUGAAGAUCGAAAUCAUGUUAUUCUUAACGAUGCAAAAAAAGAAAAUUCAAAUUUUCGAUUUUAUCCGGAUGUAACUAAUGCCUACGAUAUUUUAAAUUCCAUUCAAUCGUUGUGUAGUAAUAUUAAAUUUGAAGUUAAAUCAAAAAUAUCGGAUACAUUGAAUGAUGCUUUAAAUCAAAUGCAAGGAUUGAUAAAGUCAACAAAUGAUCAAAAACAAAUGUCAACAAUUAUUGUUUUAACUAGUGAACAGAAUAGUGCAGACGUGGUCAUCGAACGUCAAAAGCGUGCACUAGUAGAUACAAAUGUUGUUGUUUCUGACGACGGUUGUAUGUUCUAUGCAGACCAACUUUAUUUAUCUGACAAAAACAACCCUAAUGGUCCAGCAAUGAAUUAUUCAUUAGAUGCACAGGAAAGUAACUGCAUUAUAAGUAAUGAUCCAGGAAGUAACAAUAAGUCGGAUGUUUCGGCACGAUUAUUGCUCCGUUGGAAACAUAAUGCCAGUAUGACUUUUGACACAGUACUUACGGCAUAUAUGAGUGGACGGUACUGGUUUUUUGAUUCAAUUACAACUCCAGACAAUGAUUCAUUUCGUUAUUUUGCGUAUGGUAUGCAUGAUAAUAUGCAAACACCGUCCAAAUAUUCAUAUGCUUGUAAUAGUGCGACAUUUGUGAGUUUUAAUAAUUCAAAAUAUGUUUUUCAAAAUAGAAUGUGGAUUUCGAAUAUGCAAUUCCAGCCAUUCAAUGUCACUACAAAUAAUGGAACAACAUAUGUCUUUGGCCCAGUGAAUUAUUGUACAUCAUUUUUUACUGCUGGUAUUUGGAUGGGAAUUGUAUCUAGUUUAUUAUGUUUAGCUAUAUUAAUGUUUGGUAUAUAUAUGAUGAUGAGUGUAACACCUCCUGGACGAUUCGAUGAUCCGAGAGGAAAACCAUUACAGAUAAAAGCACAAGAAUAA